AUGGACCGUGCACGGCGGAGUCGGACCGAUCCUUCACGAACCUCCUUACCGCUUGAGAUCAUGCUUCGUUUCUCGGUAAGGCCGUUGGCGCGACCAUGCACGCGCUCAACCAUUCGGAUGCUCUCUACUGGCACACCGCAGAAAGCGUCUAUUCGCGGGCGCAUUUGGCAAUCGCGUUUCGUGCGUUUCUCUGUGUAUGGUGUCGGCUCCAUCGGAUUUACGCUCGCAGCCUUGUUGGGUGGUUUACUCGUGUACGACUCCUUUACGUACCACGGCUUGUCGAUUCAGGAACCGAUACAUCCUUCCAUCAACGAAAGUGUGCGCGGCGGCCCAGAAAAUCGUCCCAUCCUGCUGAACAAAGAGGCUGAGACAGGGGCACCUCGCAAGGAGCGCCUAGUGAUCGUCGGUGGUGGCUGGGGCGCGGUUUCGCUCCUGAAUCGCCUGGAUCCUGACCUAUUUGAAGUCACACUGAUCAGUCCAACGAACUAUUUCCUCUUCACGCCCCUCUUACCCGCAGUGACCGUGGGCACUGUCGGUGCCGGCUCCGUCACCGAGUCGCUACGCCGUAUCCUGCAAAAGUGCCAAGGUCAAUUCGUGCAAGGUGCUGGACGGAACUUGUAUCUCCGUGAUGAAUUGGAUAGCAAGACCCGCGAGCUGACGGACUAUGCGCCCGGCCUGCUGGAAGUCGAGGUGAUUUCGGACAAAUGGGACGGCUCAAUUGAGAAGCCGCACGAAGUGAACAAGGACAAGAUCGUGUAUGUGCCAUACGACAAGCUUGUGGUGGCUGUGGGCUGCGUUUCGAACGACUUUGGCGCCAAGGGUCUCGAACAUGCGCACCGCUUGAAGUGCAUGCACGACGCCACACAAUUGCGCAAGAACAUCCUCGAGAACUUUGAGAUGGCUUCGCUACCAAGUGUGUCACCUGAAGAGCGGCGGCGUCUGCUCUCAUUUGUAAUUUGCGGCGGUGGACCGACCGGUGUUGAAGUGGCUGCCGAGAUCUUUGAUCUGAUCCACGAAGAUAUAAGCAAGUACUACCCCGCCAACCUUCCACAGGAAUCCAGCGUUCACCUUCUACAGUAUUGCUCGCACAUUCUCAACACGUAUUCGGAGAAGAUUUCAGAAUUUGCCGAAGAGCGAUUCCGCAAGGAACACAUGGAUGUGCAGACCAACGCACACGUCGACGAAAUCACGCCGACGCAUGUCAAAUUUACGGUGACGAAUCCAUUGACGAACGAGAAGGAAGUCCGCACGCUGCCAACAGGCUGCACAGUAUGGUCGGCCGGUAUCAAGAUGUCCGACUUUACGCAUCUGCUAUCGCAGAUGCUGCCGAGCCAAGGACACCCGCAUGCGCUCAAGGUUGAUGCUCAGUUGCGAGUCAUGGGCGCAGAGCCUGGCACUAUGUACGCUGUUGGAGAUGCAUCGACGAUUGACCGCGAUGUCAUGGGCUAUGUGGUGGAUAACUUUGCCAAGUUUGACAAGGAUUUGGACGGCAAGUUGACUCUGUCAGAAUUCGCCCAGUUCAUCAACGUCCUGCGCCGCAAGUUCCCUAUUGCCAGCUCUAACCUACAGAAUGUCCGCAAACUGUUGAACAAGUACGACUUUCACGGUGACCACCAACUGAACUCAGACGAAGUUGUCAAGCUUGUGCAGGACGCGACCAAGGACAUGACGUCGUACCCACCGACUGCACAGAUUGCUUCACAAGAAGGACGCUAUCUGGCCAACAAGCUGAACAAAUACGGCAAGCUCAAGGAGCAGGGAAAGCUGCCUCAGAUGAGUGCGGAUGCUCUCGAUGAUGCGAUCUACAAGCCGUUCAAGUUCCACAGCCUGGGCAAUAUUGCGUACCUGGGUAAUGCGGCCGCCUUCGACUUGCCUCUGCCUGAGCCAUUCAAGACGUUCUUUGGUGGCAUUGUCGCCAUGUACGCUUGGCGCAGUGUCUACCUCUCGGAGCUGGUCUCGUUCCGCACGCGUGCCUUGGUGCUCGGCGACUUUAUUAAACGAGAGCUGUGGGGCCGCGACGUGUCGUGGCUGUAA